AUAACCAUGUUAUGUUUGAUAUAUGGACUUUCUUAUACUUCAUAUAUGAUAUAUCCAUACAUUUAUGAAUGAUAUUAACAAACUUGAAAAAAAACAAUUUUCACGUUGAAACCUUUUCCGAAAGUUUCAACUAGAAAAUUAUUAAAAUUAGUACUGCCUAAUUUCCAAAGUCCAAACAGCUAAUAGUGGUAAAAAAAAAAAAGGUGCCCACACGCAGGAUCGAACUACGGACCUUCAGUUUACAAGACUGACGCUCUACCACUGAGCUAUACGGGCUUUUAAUUUUAAAUUUCUAUUUAAAUAUAUAUUCCCUCAGAAGAGACGAGUACGAUGACGAAUCUUUCCGACCAAACUCUAUGCUCCGAAUCCGAACCCAUUUGAGUUUAGACAUAAAAACAUGAUUUUUCUUUUUUUAACUCGCGACUGAAAACGAGCUUGGAUAGGAAGUAAAAAUCUAAUCUUUUGAUCUCUUUUCCUCCUCCUCCUCCUCCGUGAGCACCAAGGAGAGAUCUUUAGAACUCAAAUCAAAUCGAGAAAGCAAUGAACGGGACCCACCGUCACCAUCUCCUCCAGCUAGUCCUAUCCUGCCGCAAGAUCACGGCGCAGGUGACUCAACCAGGUACCUCCACCAUCAUAGCCAUGGCUUCCUCCUCCGAGCAAGAGUUCCUCGCCCAGAGCCGCGCCAAUCUCUACCGCUUCCCUCGCUCCAACAACUUCUGGGACUCCAAGACGGCCUCUCGCGUCGGCGAGAAGCUCGGUCUGCGUCUCAGAGAGCUCGGCGUCGACGCCGUCUCCAUUGACGCGGAGGAAGAGAUCUCAAGACCCGUUCACCACCGUAAAAGGGUUUUGCCGUUGUUUGACUCCGUCCGUCGCAGUGGAAUCAGAGUCGAUGGAACUGAUCAGUUAAACGAUGUCGUCCCCAGAGAUUGAGUAUUAUUUUUCUUGAAUGAGUGAGAGAGAGACAUAUAACAUCAGUUGCAGGUUUUAUCUUAAAUGGUUUUGGUAGUGUAGUAACUUCUUGAUUAUCUCGUGGUUACUAGAGAAUCUCUGCUACAUUGCAUUAUCAAUUAACCAUAUACUAAAAACUUAUAGCUCA